AUGGCGACCAGUGGCCUUAAGUUUCAUUCGGCUAAUGAGGACUCGGCGACACCAGAAGAAUCAGCCAAGUCGCAAUCCAGCUGGGAUACGAUCGGACAAGGUUACGUAAUCACAUCUCUGAAAACCUCCUUUGACCAACACGCGCGCCCUCUACUUGACACCAUUGACUUAAUUCGCUCCCUUGGUUUAGAAGGACGGGGUUUCCAGCUUCCAAAGAUCGUCGUUAUAGGGGAUCAGAGUGUGGGAAAAUCAUCCUGUUUGGAGGCUCUGUCCGGCAUCCAAUUACCCAGGGGAGAUGGAAUCGUAACUCGGACUCCGCUUGAGAUGCGCAUGCGCACGGCAAGAAUUGGCACCGGCUGGCGAUGUCGUAUCCAGUACAAGGACCACAAAGGUCAGCACGUGAACACGGAAAUAAAUAACUCGUCUGAAGUCGGAGAAGGUGUUAAAGAAGCACAAUCCAGAAUUAUGGGAGACACUUCCGGUAUAAGCGACAGCCUGAUCACCCUGGAAGUUGAAUCGCCGGACGUGCCAGAUCUGACCUUAAUUGACUUGCCCGGAAUCGCCCGUUACUCGGAGGCUAACGCUCAAAUAGAGCAACAGGUUCUCCAGAGGAAAGUCCCUGUGCUGCCAUGGGGAAGGACAAAUUCUGAGUGUAGGUGCAACUUCUGUCGCGUGCGAGAGCGCGAGAAUCUCGCAGUUUCUCGUCCAAAACAGCACCAGGCAGAGUCACGGUACUGUGGCCUAGAGAAAAGAUAUGACCCGUCGAUUAUUCAGCUAAUAAAAAAGUUCAUCAAGUCGGAUAACACCAUCAUACUGGCCGUAUUUCCUGCGGGAACUGACGUCGACACGGUAGCCGCCUUCCGGUUGGCUAGAGACGUCGAUCCCGAGCUGAAGAGAACAAUGGGAGUGGUAACGAAAAUGGAUUUGGUGGGGCCGGGCUCAGAAAAAUUUGUCCUGGACACACUAAAUAAUAAGAAAGUAAAGCUGAACCUCGGGAUGUUUGCCGUACGGUGUCGAAACCAGGAUGAGGUCGAGAGAGGAAUUCCCCUUCAGGAAGCGUGUCGGAAAGAAGAGGAUUUUUUCCACAGUCAUCCUCAUUUUGGAUAUCUUAAUCCGUCUAUUUUCGGGAUAAGACGACUCUCCGAAAAAAUGGUAAAGGAGUUGACUUCUCGGAUUAGGCAAUGUUUACCUGAAAUGAAUCGGGUUGUGAGUGACAAACUUAGUGAAAUCAAGAAAGACAUCGCGGAACUUGGCAAGGGACCAUCAACUGAUGAGGAGGAGAGGAGGAGAGAAUUUCUGUCCCUGUUGACAGAAUACACGGAUAGCAUUGAGAAGGUUUGUAGUGGCUUGUACAGACAUCAGGAAAACAAGGUGAAGCUCUUCUCUAUGUGGAGGGAAGAAACGCACACGUUUGCCCACAAGAUCCGUGAGGUGACUGAACUAGGGGUGAAAGAAAGCUUGGAACGUGAUGAAGGAAUUUUGCAGACUUUAAAAAUGCAGAGAGGGUGCGAACUGCCUGGUUUUGUAAACAGCUUCCCGGUGUGUGAGAGCAUUAUUUCCUACCUACUGGUGGCGUGGAACAAGCCCGCCAUGGAGUACGUGGCGGGGGUCCGUAAUCAUGUGGAAACAGUCCUCCGCGAGAUGGCCACCCUCACAUUUGACAAAUAUCCGAAUCUGGCUACACGCGUUAAGGAGAUCGUGGACGAGCGCCUCCAGAUCGCCAUUCAGAGCACAGAAAGUGAUAUUACGAAAAUAUUUGACCAGGAGUCCACUGUAUGGACCCAAGACGGAACCUAUGUCGAACAGCUAAAUGCAGUGAAGAAAAGUGCCGAGAAAAUGAAGCCGAACGCGGCUGAAGGAGAAGACAAGUUGGUAGGCUGGAACCGCUACGCUGAAGACGUCAUGGACGGCGUGUCGGCUUACAUGCAGGUUGCCUCACGGCGUAUCAUGGACACUAUACCACAGUCAGUACACUACCACACCCUUAAGGUGCUCUCCGCUAAGAUCAAGGAGUACGUGCUGUGCAUUGCUUCCAACCCGUCGGCCAUCGACGACCUGUUCAAGGAGAGAGAGGAGAUUGCGCAUCGCCGUGAGGAGAUGCUGGACCUUCAGCAGAGGUGGCGGAGAGCGGAGAGGCAACUCGCCGCCUUGUAA